AUAAGAAUCCCACUAAGAAACAACGAAAAUCUUCAACGUAAUCACAAUUAAUUUCCAUUCUUUAUCCAUUAAUUUGAUAUCCUAAUUCAGAAUCCCUCUCUGUUGGUAAUCCUUAUCUGUAUAUAAUCAUGUGACCCUUUGACUGCUAUAAAUACUCUUUAUCACUCCCUCAGCGUUACACUCCAGAAAAUCAGUAGUAGAUUGAUAAUUGUAGAAUUUCAUUUGAUUCUGGGAUUUGGGUUGUUUUUGCUGAAGCUAGAAAAAGGAAGAAGAUGGAUAUUGAUCUUACUCCAAAGUUGGCCAAGAAAGUGUACGGUGAAAAUGGUGGUAGCUACCAUGCUUGGUGUCCCGAUGAACUUCCUAUGUUGCGGCAAGGCAACAUCGGUGCAGCCAAGUUGGCGCUCGAAAAGGAUGGCUUUGCCCUUCCUCGUUACUCUGAUUCUUCCAAGGUUGCUUAUGUUCUUCAAGGAGCUGGUGUUGCUGGAAUUGUCCUUCCUGAAUCAGAAGAGAAAGUGAUUGCAAUUAAGAAGGGUGAUGCUAUUGCUCUUCCUUUUGGUGUUAUUACCUGGUGGUAUAACAAGGAGGACACUGACUUGGUGGUGCUCUUUCUGGGCGAUACCUCAAAAGGCCACAAAGCUGGUCAGUUUACUGAUUUCUUUUUGACGGGCUCCAACGGUAUCUUCACUGGCUUCACAACUGAGUUUGUGAAACGGGCAUGGGAUGUGGAUGAUGACACCGUCAAGGCCCUUCUCGGGAAGCAAACAGGCAAAGGCAUUGUCAAGCUUGAUGCAAAUGUCAAGAUGCCUGAGCCAAAGCCAGAACACCGACAAGGAUUGGUUUUGAACUGUGAGGAAGCGCCAUUAGAUACGGAUAUUAAGAAUGCUGGCAACGUGGUGGUGUUGAAUACUAAAAAUCUUCCUUUGGUCGGUCAGGUUGGGCUUGGUGCUGAUCUUGUCAGGUUGGAAGGAAACGCAAUGUGCUCCCCUGGUUUUUCCUGUGAUUCAGCACUGCAGGUGACUUACAUUGUUAAGGGCAGUGGCCGUCUCCAGGUUGUCGGCGUUGAUGGCAAAAGGGUCCUGGAAACCAUUGUGAAGGCCGGCAAUCUGUUGAUUGUACCAAGGUUCUUUGUCGUUUCGAAGAUUGCUGAUCCAGAUGGUUUGUCAUGGUUCUCCAUCAUCACUACACCCAACCCUGUAUUCACCCAUUUGGCUGGAAGCAUUGGGACUUGGAAGGCUCUCUCUCCUGAAGUGCUUAGGGCAUCUUUCAACAUUCCUGAUGAGACAGAGAAGCUUUUCCGCUCCAAGAGAACCUCGGAUGCCAUCUUCUUUCCACCACCAAAAUGAAGAAACAAAGCUUCCUUUCAGGCUAGUAGUACAAGGAUAGGAAUUCCAAUAAAUGUGAUUCUGAACUGGAUUUUUCUUUAUGUCGGUGGAUGAUGUGAUAUCAAACAUGGUUUAACUUUUCACAUAUGAGUUAAUGGUUUACCUUUCCGCAA